AUGGACACCACACAAAAAGUAAGGCAUUCCAAAUCCGGUAGCCGUAAAGAAUUUGAAGCUCCUCCAACACAAAUCACCUCUCUUGACGCGCCAGCACAGUCAGGACAAGAUAGGCCUGAGGGAAAUAACUUGGUAGCCAAGGAACUGUCAUCUCGGAAAGACAAGAAUCCAGCAACUGCACCGUUGAGCAAUACACACGAAAGCAAAGGAGAGGAAUCUCUAGACUUGAUCACACAAGUACCACUUUUAUCUACAGAUAUUUUGAAAGAAGUAGUUAAUACAACUUUGAUCCCACCGGAGCCAAGCAUUGUUGAUCAACAAUCACAUAUUUGGGGGAAGAUACAGGAGGCGCAAAAAGCUAGCAACGUGAUCUUGACCAAGAUUCUCUUGGCUGCAUACAACAAGUUGGACCAACCAGAAAAGCCGACCUUUCCAAAGAUUAUGUGCUCAUUGUCCGCAAUGCCGGUGUUACCUCACAUGCAAACAAAGAUCAGUGUUGAAAAUUCAGAGACAGUAACUGAAUUAGAGGAAAACUUAGCCUACACAUUUGGAUCAGUAACCAGCCAUCAAGACAUUGGCUUCACUCCGUACUUUGACAAAAAUAUCAAGAAGUUACAAACCCCGCUGCCGUUGACCAACUUUGACAGAGAGUGGCAAAAGAAGGCAAUAGUGGCCCACCUAAUGCUGAAACCGUCUGAGUCAUCUGAAGAUAAAGCUUACUGUGGUCUAGCGUAUCACGACGAAUGGACUCAAUCCCACUCAUUGUGGACCAAUAAUCAUCACGCCUUCUACAUCACACUGAGAGAUGUAUACAACAAAGGCAUCUUCGCGGAGAAGCUCAGAAUACACACGGAGAACUGCGACACCAUAUCAGAUGUCUACAGAUUCAUGACUGAAUUUAGAUAUGACAUGCAGGUACGCAUGAACACCUUUGCACAUCACAUUCCAUCAAAGGACAGAGCUGCGGUGCCAGACAUAUCAGUAAAACAAAUGGUAGACUGUAAGGUCCUUAGGCGAAGCCAGUUGGAAGGACAACAACUAUGCUCUGUUGAGAUAGUCUAUUAG